UCCCUAAAAACAGAACAGAGAGGCCUCCGCCUUCUCCUGCAACUUCUCGAGAUUUACGACGAGAGAGGCAACAAACAACAGGAAUUUCGUGAAUUCAAAACCCAACCGAGCCGAAUUCUGAAUUGCGUAAAAAUUCUUGAUCUCUCCUUCUCUCCCGGUCGACCAUUGAUGCCAUCCCGACCCUUCUCUCUCUCUUUCUCAUCUGACGAAACCUGAAGCAAUACCCAGAAGCCGAAAGACUCAGAAUUCCACUUUCAUGGCGGAUUUGCUGAGCAGGACGACGACGAUGAUGAAAGAGAAGAGCAACCCACAAGCUCUUAUCCUGGGAAAAUACGAAAUGGGUAAGCUUCUCGGUCAUGGAACCUUCGCGAAGGUUUAUCUCGCUCGGAACGUGAAAUCUGGCGACAGCGUCGCCAUUAAAGUGAUCGACAAGGAGAAAGUCCUCAAAGGAGGAUUAAUCGCUCACAUCAAGCGCGAGAUUUCUAUCCUCCGCCGCGUCCGACACCCGAACAUCGUCCAGCUGUUCGAAGUCAUGGCGACAAAAGCCAAGAUCUACUUCGUCAUGGAGUAUGUCCGAGGCGGCGAGCUUUUCAACAAGGUCGCGAAAGGGCGGUUGAAAGAGGAAGUUGCCCGGAAAUAUUUUCAGCAGCUGAUCUCAGCCGUGGGAUUUUGCCAUGCCCGUGGUGUUUAUCACCGGGAUCUGAAGCCGGAGAAUCUGCUUCUCGACGAGAACGGCAACCUCAAAGUCUCCGACUUCGGUCUCAGCGCGGUUUCCGACCAGAUCCGUCAGGACGGUCUGUUCCACACGUUCUGCGGUACGCCGGCGUACGUUGCACCGGAGGUUCUUGCCCGCAGAGGCUACGACGCUGCGAAGGUUGAUAUUUGGUCGUGUGGGGUUAUCCUGUUCGUGUUAAUGGCUGGUCAUCUGCCGUUUCAUGACCGAAACGUCAUGGCCAUGUACAAGAAGAUCUACAAGGGCGAGUUCAGGUGCCCUAGAUGGUUUUCUCCGGAGCUUAUCCGGUUGCUGACGCGACUCUUGGACACAAAUCCAGAGAGCCGAAUCACAAUUCCGGAGAUUAUGGAGAACAGUUGGUUCAAGAAGGGUUUUAAGCACAUCAAGUUCUAUGUGGAAGAUGAUAAGCUUUGCAACGUUGAAGACGAUGAUGUGGAUUCCUUCGAGUCCUCCCCGGAUCGAUCUUCUUCGGUUUCUGAAUCAGACGCUGAGUUUUUUGAGGCCAGAAGGAGAGCUGGGCCACUGCCGAGACCCGCAAGUUUGAAUGCCUUUGAUCUUAUAUCGUUCUCACCCGGUUUUGAUCUGUCAGGCUUGUUUGAUGAGGGUGAUGAGGGUUCUAGGUUCGUAUCUGGAGCGCCCGUUUCGAAGAUCAUAUCGAAAUUGGAAGAGAUUGCCAAAAUUGUGAGCUUUACAGUAAGGAAGAAAGAUUGCAGAGUGAGUUUAGAAGGUUCUAAACAAGGCGUCAAGGGUCCAUUGACAAUUGCCGCAGAGAUUUUCGAAUUGACACCAUCCCUGGUAAUGGUCGAGGUCAAGAAGAAAGGAGGGGAUAAAAUGGAGUAUGAGGAGUUCUGCAACAAAGAACUGAGACCCAAAUUGCAGAAUUUGACUGCAGACGAGGAAGCUACAACAAUGGCUGAAUCUGCAACAGCAGCAGCUUCUCCACCAUUGUUCCUGCCUUCUGAUGCUUCACCUGUAGACUUACCUUCUGGCAUCCCACCGGUCUACUUGCCUUCGGACACUGAAUAGAGAGGAGAAAAAAGCAAAGUUAAUCAAGAGAAGAGCAUGAAGGGAAAAUUCAGAGAAAGAUGAAAGCUUGCGAGGGUAUGUUCUUACAUUUCUGAUUGUUCCGAGGUGAAACUGCUUAGGUUGGUGACUUUAGGUCACAAUAUGUACCGUUGUAUUAUCUUAUAUUCGCGCGGGAGUCGGUAGAAUUAGGGAUGAAGAGAAUGGAAUGCAAACUAAAUAUACCGCUAAUCUUAGUAGUUGUUGUUUUAUGGUGGGAGGGGGAGAGUGUGUAAACGGUUUUCUUGCUCAAUACUUUGAUGUAAAAAUGCGAAAUAGAAGAAUAACAAGUUACUUCAUUUUUGUGCCA